AUGUCGGAAUUGGCUAUAAACACGGCCGGUGGACUCAUUGGUACUGGUGCCACCACCACAAAGAACGAAGUAGCAACAGCUGCAACAACUCCCACAACGACAACUACGAUUAAGCAACAGCAAGAUGAUUACAACGGAGGCGAUAGGGCCGUCAUUCAACUUUUGAGUAAAUUGGACGAGGGCACACAAACGAUUGCCAACUUACGUUCCAUCUUGACGCUCAAAACAGCAGAACUGAAUGAACUGGUGGCGCAAUUGGAAUUAGCUAACCAAGCUAUUAUCAAUGUCGAUACGACGACGACGCAGAUCGAGACCAUGUUGAAGGAUAUGGGUCUGUCAGGCGAACGGAACGAGUCCGUGUUGAUGCAUGCAGAAGCCACGUUGGAUUCGGCUAUAAAAUCCGCAAGUUGUUUGUAUGAUACACCAUCAGCAGCAGCGACUCCAAAGCGACCACAGCAACGACGGCCUUCUAUGGCUAGUAGCAAUGACUCAACGGAACAGCGUCGUAUGUCGGCAAGAUUUACAACACGGAUUCGAUAUAAGCCGGAUACUAAGUAUAUUCUUCGUCAACUUAAUGAAUUACUGCGAGAUCUGGAAUUGGACUCUGCGAAAUUCUUUGAAGGCAUCGGAACGACUGAUGAUGUUCAAGCUUUGCAAAAGGCCAAGGUGGAUCUCGAUAUAGCAAGGACCAUUGCGCUGUCGGCAAAGAGCAAUAUGAAGCGCCGGACGAUUUUACUUCGAAGUGCCAGCAGAAGACGUAAUGCACCAGAGGAAAUCAAAAUGUGGAAGCAAUAUGCAAGAGGUGCGCCGAUGAUUGUGGAUGGAAAGGACAUUAUUGAGACCUUGGAUCGCGAGGAUGCUCUGAUCGCUCAAAACCUUCCCGUUCACCCAUCACGCAUGUCUUUCGAUGGCUAUGCUUCUACCAAGGGCUCGCCCACACCUUCUUCGUCCAGCACGACACGAGCUUCGAUGCGCAACAGUUUGUCGACGCGCACCACUGACUCUCGACCCACCCAUAGCCGUACAUCAUCACUCCAUGCAGGAACACCUACUACUGAAUCCGCUAUACCCGUCCCAUCGUUUCAGCAACAACUACCGCCUGUGCCACCUAUUCCACCUUCUGCAGCAUCUGCUGCUGCCGCUGCUGCAAAGAAAAUCCACCGCCACUCUGCAGCUGCGCGCGCAUCCAUGAGGGCCAGCUCGGGCGCAACGCGUGUACGCACGUCCUCCUUAACCUCACACAAGGCAACAAAGGAAAAACCAGUCAGAUCCAGUAUGAGCGCUAUUCCUGCACCGCCUUCCUCCCUCUCUUCCUCAACUACCGCAGCAGCAGCAGCAGCAGUGACGACGACGACACCGCCACAGUCUCCGUCAAUGACUGCUGCUUCUUCAACGACAAAGACAAACUCAUCCGCCAAAGGUUCUCAGCAGCGUGGUCCAGGUUCAACUUUGCGAAUCAGAAGUAUGCUUGCCAGACGGAAUGUUCAACAACAAUAA